GCCACAAGCGUACGGCACCGGUCGGACGACGAUCGUGUCGUCGGGACAACGCUCGGAAAAAGAGUCAAGCGAAUGAGCGAGUCGCGAACAGGUUAAACGCGAGACGUCCUCACGAUGCGCCGUCGAGGACGUCGUCGACGAGACAGCUGGUAAAGAAAGGGAUACAUCGAACGCGAACGACGACAUCGCAGAUAUUGACGAAUAUCUCGGAGCGAGUAAACGAAAGAGAGAAAAAAGAGGACAGAAGAAACGUGAUAAAUAUUCUUCGACUUACCCUGAACAGAAGAAAACCUCAAGAUCAUGAACGUCCGACGAUUGCCUGGUUUCAUGUACCACUACAAGGUGAUCACGAUGCUUCUCUUCACGACCAUGGUCCUCGUUGUCUACCUGCUCCUUCACUGGGGUAUUAUGUGCACGAACCUUGAAGCUUGGCGGCACGUAUCCAACGUGUGCAGCACGCACAAAAAAGGAGCUGCAAUAGGAAUUCUCUGCGACCCGCUAUGCUCGGAAAGAGGGAUUCACUCGCUCGCAUGCGAAACUCUUCACGCUGGCAAAGAAGCGGUUUUCUCGGCCCACUGGGAGACGACCCGACUUGUGUUCAAAGCCUCAAGAACGAAGACACCGAUGGAGCAGUACGAGACGUUAUUCUGGACGGACGCGACUGGCAUAAAGCAUUUCCCGUCUGAGACGGACUUCAACACCAUGAUCAAAGAUCUGGUCGUUAGCAAGCUGAACGUGACGCUGUCGCAGCAUCAAUUAGAGAGGCUUGCACGACUUCGUACGCAUCGUGUCGAGACCGAACCCAGAAGGCGACAGCUCGAGAUGGAAAAUCUCUGGCCGCUGUUACAAGAGAACGAGUACCUGAUGAGCAUACUGUACGAGGACAGGGACAUUUUUCCACAGCUGAUUGGCACAUGCGGAACCUUCUACGCGGUCGAAUACGUACGACCCAUAGAAACACCCACGACAAUCCUUGCUCUGUCCGAUUCGAAACCGGAAUGGGCGAAAAGAUUGAAGCUGGCCGUGAUGAUCCUGGACCUGCUCGAAGAACUCGACACCAACUUUCCUGAGCCGAUCCAUCUGUGCGAUGUGAAGAUAAACCAUUUCGGUUUGCCUCUCGGUGGACAGAAGCUCAAGUUCCUCGACCUGGACGCGGUGUUUCCUAAAACGAUUAUCAGCCGUAUCACCGCGGACGGGAAGAACUGCGAGAAACACGACGACUGCGACUACUUCGACUGCAGGUCCUUCUGCUCGAAGAACAAACGAUGCGAGUCACCGGUCGCCAACAACAAUCUACAAAUCAUCUGCGAGAAAAUAUUUCUCGGUUGGACUCUCUCGGGGACUAUCAUAAUUCCUGGAUUACUCAUGUCGGAGCACACCACCAGUACACUGGCCGUUCUUUUACGACAAUGCGCGAAUCCAGCCAGUGACAUUGAACAUUUACCACGUGCUGCAGUUUCGGAUAAUUUGAAGACACGACUAUACAAUAUGCUGCACGAAAUGGAACAAGAAGUUGCUGCUUCCGUAUAGAAACGUUUUAGUUCGGAAAAAUCACGAGAAUCCAAAGGAUCCUCGUUCGUGAACAGAUAGGUAUAUUUUCAAACGUAUUCGAUCGAAUUAUCAAAGGCUGUUGUUAGAAGGGCGAAUUGUUGAAAUUUAUAAGAAUUUUAUUACACGAGAACAUAUUAGCGAUCGAAGGUAUAAAUAUGAGAACGAUACUUUCGAUGAAUUUCAUGAAAAAUUUGUAAAUAAAACGAGAGAAAUUCGUUGUUUUAAUUAACUCUAUUGCAAUUUUUUAAGAAAUUCGUUGGACAUAUUAAACUACGAGGAGUAUGAUAUCUGGAAAUGAAUAGAUUCAAUCUAUUUUUAGAAUUUAUCAGCCCCUACAUUAUCAUAAUUUAACUUUUCGAUUUAAUAUACUUCUUGAAAGAUUAAUGAAAUUUAUUCGAAUGUCUACGCGUACUUAAAGGUACCAACCAAUGAACAUAUAUUUAUUGUACAGUUUAUUUAUUCUUCUUAUACGUAAUAAUGUUUCGAAUAAACCAAAUUUUACACGAGCGAUUUUUAACAAAUACAUUAAUUUUUGAAGCAUGAAGGUACUAACGAUUUUAGAAUGACUAUGAAGUUAAUGGAACGAAAUUAAAUCUCGCUGUCGUUCGAAUAACGGUAUAAGUAUUAGGUUGUCCCAAAGGUUUCUUUCGUUUUAUAAGGAACAUUUUUUAUUUUAUAUUAUUUUAUUAAAUUAUUUAUGAUCCAUUUUGUUCCAAUAGAAACAAAAAAUGUUGUGCAUCUAUUAUUUCCUUAUAAAAUGAAAGAAACUUUUGUGACAAGCUAAUAGAAUGUUCGACACGCAUUUACUAAUUAAACAGAAACCCCUAAACGGCCGAUGUUUGUAGUCGUUCGUUAAGCUUCAUUGUCACCUCAGCCUGGAAAUUGAUUUACAUUCAUUCGGAGAGCUAAAAAAAAUGUGCGCAGCUCCAUGUAAAAUAUAAAAUAUGCGAAAAUUGAAAUGAAGAAUCGGGAAAUUUCUAACUUUCUACGAAUCCAGAGAAACGAAAAGAAACAAAUAAUCUUUGUACUCGGAGAAUAUAAUAAAAUAAGCGACCACUAGAGGCUAGUGAUAGUAAUAAGAAUAGGAAAAGAAAUAAUAUUAUCAACAACGAGCACAAAUACCAACUACCUUACACGUAAUUGUAGCCUUACUUAUGUACUUUAAAUUAAACAUUCGAUACGCUUAGAUAGAACUUGAAGAUAGAUAUAAGAAUACUGUUAUUUUUAGCAUUCGCGCGUAAGGCUUGAGAACUUAUUAAAUAUUAAAUAAAAAUUUAUUAACUUAAUUGUAAUAAUAAAUAGUGCGAUUUAAAAUAGCGGUUAGAGAAUUGUAUUUUGUUGCUAAGAUUUUUAUAUUCGUUACGAUAUAGAUUUCACGUGCAAGAACCUAUUUAUAAAUUUAAUACUAAGCUUUAAUUAAUCAACAGAUCAUAGAAUUUGGCAAGUUCCAAUAACGAAAUAAUUUCUGUGCAUAUUUUUUUUUUUUUUGUAGAAGAAUUAUUGCGCAUCUUAAUUUUGGAAGUAAAUAAUUAUUAUCUUAAAA